AUGGGAUCCAUAGGCAAAUCAGCAUUAAAAAGCUACUGGAUAGGUGCGGCAAUUGUACUGAUUAUCAUUCUCACGGCACUCUUAAAAAAAUGGGCAGUUUAUUUAGACAAGCAAGCAGAAGCAAGAUCUUUGGUUAAAGCACAAGGCGAUAUGAAUCAGAAGAACAUUGGUUUAUGUUCAUUAUCUACUACUAAGGGUAUUCGUACUUUUGCACUUGAGGAAAUCAAAGCCACAACUAGGAAUUUUCGAAUACGGAUAGGUGUUGGUGCCACAUCAUAUGUUUAUCUUGCUGAGUUGGGUGAUGGUCGAUUUGGUGCAGUUAAGAGGGUGAUGGAAGAGAGGGGUGGUAGCCAGAAGAUGUUUCUUGAUGAAGUAUCGAUCUUGCUUAGGAUUUCUCACCCUAACUUGGUUGGGUUGUUGGGUUUUUGCUUAGACCAAGGUGAACAGCUUCUUCUACUGGAAUAUAUACCAAACAAGAGCCUCUUUGAUCGGCUACACACCCGAAAAGGCAAAUCUUCAGGAUCUCUUUCAUGGUCGAGUCGUAUAAGCAUUGCCCUAGACAUCGCCUACGCCCUAGACUACCUACACUCAGUCGCCGACCCUCCAGUCAUCCAUAGAGACGUCAAGUCGUCCAACAUUCUACUCAUCAACGACGAUCAUGCUAAACUUGCAGACUUUGGCUUAUGUAAAUUAGGACAUGACACACAGAGCGCCCAAACCCCAACAAUCAUACGAGGUUCUUUAGGCUAUGUUGAUACGAAUUACCUUAACACAGGUCUAGUAUCACCCAAGAGUGAUGUAUAUAGUUUUGGUGUUUUAUUGCUCGAGCUUAUAACUGGAAUGAAAUCACUACAAGGGUCAGUAACCCUAGCAGAGUGGACAAAUGAGUGUAGAAAACAUCACGAUGUGGAUAUCUUGAUGGGUAUGUUGGAUCCGAAACUAAAUGGUGAAGUGCAUGCAGAGCAACUUAGAGUUCUUGUCAACGUUGCUAAUAUGGCUUUGUUAGAGAACUCGAUGGCAAGACCGAAUAUGGCGGAAAUUGCAUAUAGAAUAUCGAGUUGUAUGGACAGUUCGCUGGAGAAGGAUUUGCCUACAUUAGACAAGAUUGCCAAACAAUGGUUGCAUGAUACUCUCACUCAACCUGUUCUCCAAUCUAUUCUCAAACCCAACGCCACAGCAGCAGAUGUAUGGAAGACCAUUGAAGAUUUGUUUCAUGAUAAUAAAGAGAUAAAAACUAUGAAAUUAGACGAUGAACUUCAUACAAUCGCCAUUGGAGAUUCUUCAGUUAUGGAGCAUUGCACUCGCAUCAAGUCCAUCUCUGACCUUCUUGCUAACAUUGGAUCCCAAGUACCUGAAAGAAACCCAGUAAUUUAUGCCAUCAAUGGCAUAUCUCCGAAAUUUACUCACGUCGUCACCACCUUCCAACAUCAAAAGUCGUUUCCUACUUUCCUUGAGAUGCGCUCCAUGCUCAUACUUGAAGAACGAUCCAUGAUUAAAGACCACUCACGCCAAUUUCAAGCUUCACACCAAGAUAACGCAUCAUCACCCACUAUUCUCGCAACAGAGCACCAAAAUCGGCCCUCUAAUUCUCGAUUCUGCAAUUCAGGGAGUAGAGGCGGUGGCCGAAAUCUGUAA